AAUAACAAGUCGCGUUAAUCGCCAGUGCUGUGAUUAUUUACUAAAUUAAAUUAAAUUAAUAAAGUAAACAUUGAAAAUGGUGCAAGCGUGGUACAUGGAUGAAGAGAAAACUGACCAGCGUCUGGAACAUCACAAGAACCCGCCAGAAUUCAUUUCCCUCGAAGAUCUUUAUAAGAAAACCGGCGUUGAAUAUUUUAAACUGAAUGUGGACACAUACACAACUGAUGGAGUGCUGGACAAGUUGAAGCAGGAGCGAGGGUACACCUACGAGGAUGAGAUGACCUGCUCCAAGGAGUGUCUGCCCAACUACGAGGAGAAAAUCAAGUCAUUCUUCACUGAGCACUUGCAUACUGAUGAGGAGAUUCGGUUUGUGUUGGCUGGCUCCGGAUACUUCGACGUGCGCGAUGGCCAAGACCAUUGGAUCCGCAUCGCGGUCACCGCCGGCGACAUGAUCGUCAUCCCCAGCGGCAUCUACCACCGGUUCACACUUGAUACUAAUAACUUCAUAAAGGCGAAGCGGUUCUUCAUCGGCGAGCCGGUGUGGCUGCCGUACAACCGUCCCGCUGACGACAUGGACGCUCGCAAGCAGUACGUCGAGAAACUGGAGAAGGGUUUCCCUGUCACCGCUUGUUAAAGGAUACCAAACAUGAAUUAGGUAGUGGAGUGUACAUCCCAUUUACGCAGAGAUUUCUUUUUCUUUUCUACCUUUUUUUUGCUCACCAAAUGGCGCAAAUGUAGGCAGAGGUCUUUUUGUCCAAUCACAGCAGUUGUCAAAUAUUUAACGUCCAAUAGUGUUAAACGUUCACACUAGCACCAAGUAUCACAUAGUUUGUUAAACCAGGGCUACCAAUUGAAAUACAUUAGGGAGGUAGUUUUUAAAUACAUAUUAGAUUGUGCCAAAUUGUAAAUUUUACUUGCGACCUUAACCGAUGGUGCGCCUGAACUCUAAUUAAAAACACCCUUCAAACCUUUAAAAAAAGCGUCCUUUUUGAAAAGCUAGCAACAGUUGUAGCUCUUGUAGCGUUGCGGGUAUCAUAGGCGGCACUGGUCGCUUACCGUAACGGUAAUACAGUCAGGCCAUCCAUCUUCUUACUUACACAUUAAGUUAAGAAAAAUAAAAGAAAUACCGUAAAACAGGGUGAAUAGAAAUCUGUGGGCGAAUAGAUACGAAAAUCGGGUGAAUAUAUGUUGGGAAAAUAUCCAAAUAUCUAUUCACCCCAUUCCUGCAUCUAUUCACUCCUUUUUUUACCCCGUUUUACCAUAAUAUCGCUUGACUUCUUACUAUUGGAACUUCAUUUCGUUUUCUGUAACCAAUAGUGAUAAUAAAUACUGGAAUAUUACUGCCUCGUUGGUCGAGUGGUCGCAAGUGCGACUGCCGAACAAGAGGUCUCGGGUUCGAUUCCCAGGUCGGGCAAAGUAUUACUGGGCUUUUUUCGGAUUUUCGAAAAUUUCUCGGUAGUAGCACGGAGUCUGGAAUUGUGUCCAGAAUAUGGCAAUAGGCUCACCCCCUAUUACAUGGGACCUUAACACAAAAAUGGUGAAAAGUGGGUGUACAUUGUAUAACGGCAUUACGUGCCGUAAUGUGCACCUCUGCCUACCCCUUCGGGGAUAAAAGGCGUGAAGUUGUGUGUGUGUGUAAUACUGGAAUAUUAGGUUAAGUUUAUUCUAGAACGUGUAAUCUGGCAGGAUAUUCUAUAUUAUUGAUUUAUACUAUGUUAUAUUGUUUUAUUUAGAUUGAUUUAUUUUGUUUUGUAUCCAAGGCAGGUUGAGCAUAGCUUUGGUGUAUGCCAUAAUUUAUGGAACUUCCAAUUUUUAUAUUAUUACAAUUUGUUGUUUAACUGUAGUGCAUAAAGUCUAUUAUUUAUAUAUCUUGUAUAUUUCUACCAUUAUUCUGGCGGCCAAAUAGUUUAAACCUUUAUAGAUUUUUUUUUUACUAUUGUAAUCAUAUUUCAUAGCUGUAUGGCUCGAUUUUCGUUUUAAAUGCCUUCAAAUUAGCGUUUGUGUUAGAGUAUAACAUAUGUGUCGCGCGCGUUGUCGCAUUAACGCAGCGUUCAUUUCACUCCAGAGGAAACGCUGCUCUUAUACCUCAGUUUAUAGUUAUAAAUUAUACAACAUAAGAUAAGCAUUCGAAUAUAAUUAUAUAUUAAACCUAUUUAAGAAUAGUAUAAAUCAAUUGAAAGUGUUUAAUGAGUGGAAAUUCUUCAAUAGAAACAUAUUUUACAAAACAUAACACCACUUACUCUCUGAAAAGAAAAGCAGCGGUGUAUUUAAAUUACACAACUUUGAUACCAAUAUUCCAUGAAAAAUUAACUUUGUAUCUUAUUACAAUCGUCAUAAAAUCUAGUUUCCUAUAUCCGUAACUCCGCCCAUAACGUAACAGGUUUUAUUAUUAGUGAGUAACACACUUGAAAAGGCAGAGUUUGCUCAAACAAACAAACAGACAAACAAACAAGUGAGGAUAUUAGAUUUAUACUAACUAUUACUAUAUAAGUUGUUAUACAUAUAUUUUGUUAUGCUAUCUAUACAUAUCAGUGCCUUAUAUAAUUGUGUAGUUUAGUAGUUAUUCAUAUUUUAUUGUUAAAUUGUAAUAUAAUAAUCAUAAUAAAUAUUGGUUUUACAUA